AUGGAGAAUAUUUCGCUUAUUAAGAACACCAUAAAUGAGAGAAACAUUGAAAAAGGUCUGGAAGAUAUACAUAUUAGAACAAGCAAGAUAGCCAAGUAUUAUAACUAGGAGUUCAAUGAUAAUAACGAAACCUUUAUUAAAAGUCAACAGUUCAGAACCUAAAAUUUUGACAGCAGAGUUGGAUAGGUUUUAUCAUUGGAAAGAAGUCUUAGUCAAUCCAGAGAUAUAGAUAACGAAGUAUUCAUAAAUGAUAAGGAAAGACUUUUAGCCGAGAGGAAUGUGUUUUCCUCCCCAAAGAUUAGACAAGCAAUGGGGGUGAUUGGAGAUUUUGAAAUAAAGUUGAAUCAAUCAAACGGUAACAAGGGAGUAGAAAAUAUUUAUCAUGUAGAUAACGUUGAUAUAAUGUCUGGCAAGAGUGGUACACCAAUCGAAAGCUAAAAUAUUAGAUCAGCAGCUCAGCUGAGAAAUUUCCUUCAAUCUAAAAGAUAAAUAAAUUCAAGACUAACUGGUGGUUCAUAAGGUAGAUCGGCAGAUUUUAAUGCAGGCUAAAAUUUCAAGCAUUCAUUUUCAGAUUAUCAAAAUCUCAUGGCUUUAAAAGGAAUGAAAACUCUAAAACGGUCAUCUUUUUCGAGCAAAGAUUUCCUGACUAAGGACGAGUAGAAACUUGGAAACCCAAAAUCGCUUGAGUCAUUAGAUAGAAGUUUUUCUAAAUUAAGAGGACUCCUAGAUAGAAAGUGCGAUAGACUAGACAUUUAAAAUAAACUCUUUGCUUAGCCUAAGACAACUUAAAACGCUUAUAGGAGUUAGGUUAAUCUAUUGCACAACAAAAAACUUAUUGAUAGAAGGUUUAACGUAGAGAGAAACUUAGCAUAAGAUGAUCCUAGCUAGUUCGGUUUAGAUUUAAAUGCUAAGCAGAGGAUUCUAUAUGCAAGUAUGAAAAAUCAAACUACGAUAGAUAGUAAUGUUCAAUAAACCCCUCAUUAUCAAACUUUGAUUGCUAAUCCACUUGCUAAAUAGUAUCAAUCUAAUUUCUAGACUGUUAAUGGCUGGCAAGCGAAAGAAAGAGAGAACGUGUCUCUUUCUGGUUAGUAAAAACAUAACUAUCACAUACUCUCUUAAAGUGAUAGAUAGACAUAUCUGAAUGGCCUAAAUGAGAGGACCCAACUUAAAAAGGUAAACGGUAUCAGUGAAUAUGCAUAAGAGUCUUUCUUAACCUCGAUUAAGAUUAACAAAGAUUAUCAGAAAGCUUAUCAAGAUAAUCCCAAUGUAUUCCGAAAGAGCUAAGGCUAGCUAACAUAAUUUGCAAAUAAGCAAACCAUUGCUCUAGAUGAUCAGGAAUUUGAUUUUCAGAAGUACAUGGAGGAAUACCAAUUGAAGUAAUAAGAAAAUAUGGGCAGAUAAAUACCUAAGAUCAACUUAGAGACGAUCUAAAAAUAUGUUUUUAGCUAUGUUGAUUAACACUUGAUAGAGAUUAUUUGCUUGGUAACGUUCUUAAGUUACUUAAUUACCUUUAUCUAUGGUAAAAGGGUAAACAGGUAAAUUGCAGAUAAGUGGUUAAUGGAGGUCAGAUAGGUGCUAGCCGAUAACUUUGCCAGAAUAGGUUAAAGUUCUUAAAUCAAGACUAAGGAUGAUGUCUAUUUUGAGAUGAAAGAUAUAGUUUGGAUUGAAAUCCCAAUUGAACGUUAAGACAAGACGAUUCAUUCAGAAAUUCUUCUAAUAUAACCUCGAGAGAUUAAGAAGACAUUUCAAUCAAUGCCUCAUUUAGAAAAAAUCAUGAUAAAUAUUUGCCCAUACACUCCCUACCUAGGUGAUGAUCAGACUUCGAUUCAGUUUUAUGGGGAGAAUCACGAAAGCAUAAAUGAGUUGACUAGAGAUAAGAGAAUUUGUGAAAUGCUUAUAAAUCACUCUGACAAGAUAAUGGGAAUUCACAUCACUGACUAAAAGCUUUAUUCUAAGAAUGACUUUGUGCUUAAGUGCCAGUUAAAACUCAAUGAUAAUGAGAUAAGUGGAUGGGCAUAACUGAUGAAAGACAUACUCUAUCUAUCUGAUUAUUUAACAAGAAUGAGGAUUCCAACUAAAAUUCAAGAAGAGACUAUAACUAGACGAAAUAGACUCUUGAAAAAUGUCAAAGUAGCAGACAAAAGGGCAAAUACGAUAAAAAGUAUUAAUAAGAGUAGUUGA